AUGGCAGAGCCAGGUGAUGCAGUACGGAUCGAUGAUGUGGAAAACAGUAGUGACGAUGAGGAAGAGGAUGAUGAGGAAAGCAGUACAGAAAGUGAUGAAAGUUCAGCUGAAGAAAGCAGCAAUGAAGAUGAAAGUGAAGAGAAAAGUAGUGAUGAUGAUGGAGCUGAUGACAUCAACGUUUGGGAUUCUAUGGAUGACGGAGCACAAACUGAAGAAGCAGUUGAAGCUUCGCUGCAAGCGGAUUAUACGAAGGCUCUUAAUCUUAUCGUAGACGGUCAGAAGCAGAAAGCGCUUACAAUAAUGGAAAAACUUCUUCAACAUCCAAUUCUUCAAAAGUUUGAAGUCAACAUCAAUUCGUUUAACUGGAAUGAGGCCAGAGAAGAAGCUUGUGCGAAUCAAUCUCGUGUAUCAGCUAUGGCUCGCCUUUUCUCUUCCUUGCAUUUCAAUAUCAGUCGACUUCUAGACGAUCCAAUAGAUCACUUGUUAAUCGCGUUAACUGUAUAUCCAAAUGAUGAAUAUUUAUGGAAACAUGUAGGAGAAGAAUCCCUGAAAGUACGGGAUUGGUCUAUGGCACUGUAUGCAUUCGGAAAGUGCUCAUCUGCCUGGAGUGUUAUUCGCGGGAUCCUUAUCGCCUUGUAUAACGCUAACUUGUUUGAAGAUUGUCUCCUGAAAAUAAAAUCUGUAUUGGAGUACGACAAGACAUAUUUUUUGGGACGAGUUUUGAAAGAAAUCAUUCGAGAAACAAGUUCUUAUUGGGAAAUGAAAUGUCGUCAAAUGUUCAACGAAGAUCCGGUUUUUGUACAGCACAAUAAUACUAUAAAAAUUACGGAGAACGAAAAAGAAUUGAUUCUAAAUGAAAUCACAAAUAUUGGAAAAUCUACUGCUGACAUUGAACCUGUGUUCAAACCAGUGGUGGUUGACAUAAGUACUUGUUCAGACUUAGCAGAAGUAGGAAUUUAUUUGUGCGAUGUAUAUGAUCGAAUCGAAUCCUUCUCCAGUUUCUCAAAACAAGCUGUAGUAAUAUGUGGUACGAAUCUGUUAGAUGAGUUCGAGGACAUUGUGCAUGAUGUUUCUAAUGAUCUUAUGGAUUGUGUUAACGUGAUCCAGGAUUUAAUUGAUAGAAUUGUACCUGUAGAAGCUAUUCAACCUGCUUCAAAUAUUGUAAGUUAUAUUAAAUUUUGCAUAGUGUUUUAA